AUGCCGAUGGUUCAACUCUUUCGCCAAAAUAUUGGCCAGGACCUCCUGCUCUCUCUCAUCCACCAACUCACCUGUGGCAAUCUUCGAGACAGACUGGAGCUCAAAGUUUCGUAA